AUGUCAUCGACAGUAUUUGCAGCAGGAUUUGCAGCAGCCCUCGCGGCAGAUGCCGACACCGACACCUACACCUCGCAAGCAGCAGCCCUCACCACACCGGGCGUCUUCACUUCCCUACUCGUUGCCCUUCCCCUUCUCGGCGCACUCUGCCUCUGGCUCAUCAGCUUCAUGCCACACUUGCUACUUACGGUUGCCACUACUCUGUUGGCGGAUUGGGCCCGAGGAAGGCGCGCUUGCGACACUAAUGACGAUGAGAUGGACAAGGUCAUGGGGAACUCCAUCGUUCUCUAUCUAAUCGUCUCACUGCUCGCCCUUGCGGUGGAGGAACCUGUCACGGUCACAGCAGAAUUGAUUACGCUCUCGCAUGCUCUGAUGCAGUCUGCGGUGGUCCAUGGAGCGAUUGCGGUCGGAUUUGUGCUUUAUGGUGCUGGAUGGCGGAUUGCGAGACACUUCCAGAAGAAGGAUGCGGUGAAGGUAGCGGAGGAUGGUUGCAGCGAGACGACACCGCUGGCAAGAGCUGAAGCGUGA